CCGACCAGGUUAGUGGUCAUCAUGGCGGUGUUCGAGCUGAUCAAACCGGCUCCGUUGACGGAGAAGGUGCAGUCCCGCCAGGGGAAUAUAUAUCUGUACCGGGCCAUGUGGCUGAUCGGGUGGAUACCGCCGAAGGAGGGAAUCCUGCGCUACGUGUACCUAUUCUGGACCUGUGUGCCCUUCGCCUUCGGGGUGUUCUACCUGCCCGUGGGCUUCAUCAUCAGCUACGUGCAGGAGUUCAAGAACUUCACGCCCGGCGAGUUCCUCACCUCGCUGCAGGUGUGCAUCAAUGUGUACGGCGCCUCGGUGAAGUCCACCAUCACCUACCUCUUCCUCUGGCGACUGCGCAAGACGGAGAUCCUGCUGGACUCCCUGGACAAGAGGCUGGCGAACGACAACGAUCGCGAGAGGAUCCACAACAUGGUGGCUCGCUGCAACUACGCCUUUCUGAUCUACAGCUUCAUCUACUGCGGAUACGCGGGUUCCACUUUCCUGUCCUACGCCCUCAGUGGUCGUCCUCCGUGGUCCGUCUACAAUCCCUUCAUCGACUGGCGCGAUGGCAUGGGUAGCCUGUGGAUCCAGGCCAUAUUCGAGUACAUCACCAUGUCCUUCGCCGUGCUGCAGGACCAGCUAUCCGACACGUAUCCCCUGAUGUUCACCAUUAUGUUCCGGGCCCACAUGGAGGUCCUCAAGGAUCACGUGCGGAGCCUGCGCAUGGAUCCCGAGCGCAGUGAGGCAGACAACUACCAGGAUCUGGUGAACUGCGUGCUGGACCACAAGACUAUACUGAAAUGCUGUGACAUGAUUCGCCCCAUGAUAUCCCGCACCAUCUUCGUGCAGUUCGCGCUGAUUGGUUCGGUCUUGGGUCUGACCCUGGUGAACGUGUUCUUCUUCUCGAACUUCUGGAAGGGCGUGGCAUCGCUCCUGUUCGUCAUCACCAUCCUGCUGCAGACCUUCCCCUUCUGCUACACCUGCAACAUGCUGAUCGACGAUGCCCAGGACCUGUCCAACGAGAUUUUCCAGUCCAACUGGGUGGACGCAGAGCCGCGCUACAAGGCCACGCUGGUGCUCUUCAUGCACCAUGUCCAGCAGCCGAUAAUCUUCAUUGCCGGAGGCAUCUUUCCCAUCUCCAUGAAUAGCAACAUAAGCGUGGCCAAGUUCGCCUUCAGCAUCAUUACAAUAGUGCGACAAAUGAAUCUGGCCGAGCAGUUCCAGUAAAAUUAGCUCACAAAAAUGAUUCCGAAUUGCCCUGCACCCAUGAGCCCCGAAAAAUAGAGCCCCCAGCAAUUCUUUAUGAGCGUGUUUUGCAUAAUAUGUGUAUAUGUUGUGGCUUAUCUGGCAAGAUUUCGGCUGAUUUAGUUGCUAAAUGGUAAUGGCCAGGCCAAAGGAUGCGAGAGUCAGACUGAAUUCGCAAAUUGCGUUAGCAGACGGAAAUUACAACAGCCAGACGAGUCGACGAUUGUAACAACAAGCGUCUGGGAAAUGGGCCCAAAGCUCGGAAAAUAUAUCCUACGGAGGGAUGGAGCAACCACAGGAAGUACAUAUAACCGUUUACAUAUUGUAUGCGAUUUUUAUUUAAAUUUUAUGUUAAACACGUGACAGCUAGCCGGCGAAAAGGCGGAGCACGAGCAUAUAUUGUAUAAUAAUACAAAACGGAUCGCCCAGACUGUGGCAAAAGCAAUUUUAUGACAUAUUUUUGCGGUUUACUUGCCGCACACGCGUCGUUAUAUUCCCGCAAAACGAAGGCUCCACAUUGGAGUACAUAAACAUGUGGAGUGGUUGGGAUGGGGCAAGAUGGAUGAACCCUGAUAUAUGUUUGCACUAGACGCACGGGAAUAUUUGCAAAUAUGCCAUUGAAACGAACAAAGCUGAUGUUGGCACAGCAUAAAGCAAAUAUGAAACAUCAUGGGCAUUAUACACACUCAAUCAAUCGAUGACUUUUGAAGCCUGUCUAAACACUUGCAUCUAUUUGGCCACCAUCUACAAGCGCCAUGAGCAAUUAGCUUAAAUUACUGUAUUAAGUGCACUCCAAUCGACAUUAUUAUUAAUCAUUUUCUGAAUUUAACAGCCACUGCAGCUGGAAAGGCUAUUAAAAGCACUCGAUUCGAAUUGAUUGUACAUUUCGAUGGCCCGCCGGAUUGGCAAAAAAUAUGAUUAAUUAUUCAAUGAAAAGGUAAUAACUUCGCGAAUUGGCUUUUUUCGGCGUCAAGUAAAAAGGAGAAACAUUUGCCUUGCGCACCGCAAACAUAUAAUCAAAUUAAUUGCGCUUGAAUAGCCCGCAAAUUGGUUGUGGUGUGAAAAAGCCCACACUCCACGUAUGUCCUUGAAGCAGUAAGACAAACUUCCCAAAGGAGUAUGCAAAUUCGCAUAAAUCGAAGCGCAGGGCAGCAGUUUCAGCACUCCAUGAAUCAAACUUAAAGAAGUUUAGAUAAAUGACCCGAUGUCAAACAGGAACCGCUUUCGCUCAUUGUUAGAGCCACAAAUAUAAUUUGGCCAGCUCGCUAUUUA